CGGAACUAGCGUCACAAACAAAACAAACAACCUGAACCGGCUGUAUUUUUAUUUAAAUUUAUAUGAGCAUACAUUAAACGUGUUGAAUAUUAUUAUUAUUUUAUCUCUCUUGUUCUUGUCACCUUACUUUUCUUGCCUUUCACGUUGUAAUUUUAUUAUGAUCGUCCCAAAUCCUCUCGAGAUGCCGCACCGUUUACAACUGUGAUCGCGAUGAGAUGAAAAUCGCAGGCGAGUAAAUAAGCUGGAAAAUCACACGUCGUCAUGUCGGCCACUUCUUGCUGCUCCAACCUGAAAGGGUUCGCGAUGACGCGGCCGCCCUUGGUUGUUUUCACUUGCUGUCUUCUUGCCCUGUCGUUUGCCACCAUUUAUCUUUCCCACUGCAUCGACGACUCGAACUUCCUGCCAAACCCGGACAUUCCUCGAGAUUGGAACGUACUUUUGACCCGAAUGGCCGGACUAGACCUUUGCGCGAGACCUGCUGCUGCUAAAUCAUCUGAGAUAAAAAAUGAAUCUGCCAAUCUUGCCAGAAAAGAAGACAUUGUCAGCGUCACUGCUGCCCUUGAGCUGUCCAAAGAGCUGCACAGCCAAAUGGGCAACGACACCGAAAUCGGAGGCAACAUCAAUGCCACUUUAUUAGGAAUAAAAGGCGUUCAUAAUAUUCAUGUCAGCUUUGUGGUGUUCUCCAAUUAUACAAACGGUGUCCAUCACAACCACAAAAUUUGUGCUACCUUUACCGGACUUAAAUCCGAACUUCCUGAAACUCAAGCUCCAACACAGUGUGAUGCUAAAAAGGGUUCUACUCCCGGAGAAAAAUUUUCAGCUUUGUCUGUAAGGCUUCGAGGCCCUGAAGCUGCAUCAGAUUGGUGUUCAGAGGGUACAGAACUACGAAUGGCUUACAAGAUAAACUCCAAUCUCACUGCAACACUAACUGUGGCUGACAAGGCGUUGAUAAAUCUGCAUUUGAUGCACACCAGUUACUUCCUCCUUGUUAUGGCCCUCACUCUGAUUUUCUACGCAAUGAUCAAGGGUAGCCACAGCCACAAUCACGAAAAGCUUCCGUUGGGACCCUAGAAUACGUGCAAUAUUCCAACAAAAUGUUCAAAAGACUGUUAAAAUAAUUCCAUUAUUGAUUUGUUAAAAUAAUUCCAUUAUUGAUUGCCUUGCCAGACCAAAUUUCUGUGUUACGGAACCUUCAUGUCUUGCUUUUAAUUUUAUAGCUAUACUUUUUGAUAUGCUUUGUGAGAUUUUUUUUAAAAUAAAAUUAUUUUAAAAAAUUUUCAAAAA